GUGGCAUCCACACCAUGCAUACAUGAUAGGAAUAUGACAACCUGCGACGAAGCUACGGACGCGCUCCCGUCAUGCCCGUUAGAGGAAGACCGAAAUAGCAUGACUUCGGUAAACAGAAUGCUGGCGCAUUCCAUGCGUGCCGGAAACGAAGGCCGGACGGAGCUGCUCGCAGAUCGCAGAUCGCGGAAGGAGCGGCUGCAAGAUCAUGCAAGAACUGGGUUGGAAGCGGAGCGAGAGGUUCGACUGCACGGCACAGAUGAGCAGGCUGAGCAGCUGCGCAACGCGGACAGGACGUCAUAUAUUGCAACGGUGAGUAACCAUCGUGAGCUGCCUAAGCCGAGUCGGAGGCCAUCCGGCAGGCCGGCAGCCUCGGCGCGCUAGCGGCCUCUCCUAGCUCCUGCAGCUGGCCGGCUGGCCGCUCGGCCGCUGCUCGU